AUGGCGUAAUUAGAAACCCCUCUAUUUUGAGCUCAGUGCUGAAAGCGAUGCAAAGCUCGGGAAGACGUCAGAACAUUCAGUGUGUGUCGACGGCCAAAAAAAAAAAGAACCAAGAAUGCAACUACAUUGUGCUUCAUACGGUUGCGUAAAAUGCUGUACAACUGCGACAUGGGAACUGAGGAGUCCCUUCCACAAAUUAGUUUUUUUUUUUCGGGGGAGCCUAUUCAAAUGCUUUGUAUGACAGCAAACGCUUUGAGAUAAAAAAAAAAAUCGGAUAAUAGUUUUAGAAAUGAGCAAAUUAACAACUUCAUUUCAGUGUCCAUGCAUUGCGUACUAGGGGAAGACUGACCUUUCCAACAGGGCCAUUACAUAGGCACGUCGUUUGGUUGUGCUGCUACGAGACGCGAGCCGAUCUAGCGUUCAGACCAUGUGCAUCGCAACUGGAAUUUCUUCCUGGGUUCAGAGUUGAAUCCGAGUACACGCGAGUAUCGAAGCAGUUAGUGUUGAGUAACUUUCUCGUCUAGCCCAGGUUAAAGCAUUAUGCCAGGAACGUGAGUGUUUACGGUUGUCCAUUGCGAGCAGAACAUGUCUGUGAACUCGUUUAGUCACGAGCUAAUCGUGCUUAUUUUUCGCUACUUGAAAGAGAAUGGCUUCCACUCGGCUGCGGAGGAGCUUCUGAGGCACAGCCCACAGGAAUCUGUGGAGGGUGCGAAAGAGUUAACUUCAUCUUUAGCGGAAAUCUACAGUUCGUGGUUAAAGUUCUCAAAGAAGAAGUACUCCAGUUCAAAUAGAGGAGGAUCAACUCAAGUUAAAGCAGCUUCCAAGAAGGACAGCAAACCUGCAAAAAAAGUGCAGAAACGAAAAUCAGUCAAACCAAAAAGGGAGAGCAAAGAUAGCAAAUUGUCAGGAGCAGUCACACCGGCCAAGAAGUUAAAGCAGGAACAUAAGGCUGUGGCUGUCGAUGAUGGUGAUUCGGACUCUGACAGUAGCUUGGAUGUCGAGAAAUGGAGGAGAAUGCUGGUACAAAUGACAGAGGUCGACAUAGCAAAGAUAGAUACUAUCAAUGCUUUGGACCCAUUUACACCCAAACCUGCAAAAAAGAGAGUUAGGAAAACUCAGGCUAAGCCUAAAAUUGAUACGUCUGGUAAACAGCUAGCUGAAAAGAAGAGUGAUCUCGUGGAAAAAGUGGUGACAAAGGAACAAACAAAGUCAAGUCCCCCUAAAAAUACUACUGUGGGAGCACCUGUGACCCCCUCGGCUAUUUCAAAUGGCACACAACAGCUGACGUCACCAGACGAAGGGAGAACUAAAUUGCCAUCCAAAGAGAGAAAAAAAAAGAGGGAAAAAGUUACAACUCCCACUGGAGAACAAGAUGAAACGCCUACACCCCAUCACAAGAAGAAGAAAAAAAAGGAACGUUCUGAAAGCGAAGCAGGGGAGAACAGAAGCGUAAACAGGGGCAAGGAAAAAGAAGCUGUUGACUCCGGAUCCGUUGGGAAUCUUGUGGAAGACGUAACAAAUUGCACGGAACAGAAUUUUGAAUCCCAAGGUGAGCAGGUCAUGGUGAACUCAAUUGAGAAUCCUCAAGAAGUAAAAAGAAAAGAAAAGAAACACAAGAAAAAGCAAAAUGUAAAUGCUCAUUGUCAGAAUAAUACAGAGAUCCUUAUAAAACAGAAGAAAUCAAAAAAAAAGAAGGGUGAAGAAGGUGAUGAAGAGAGAGUGGCUGACCACUCACCAGAAGUCAAGGAAUCCCAGAAGAGGAAAAGGACUGUUGACCGUGCAGCAGUUGGCCAACAAGUGUCGCAACAAGAAAAUCCAGACCAGACGGACGACGUCGAGGACGCAGGGCAGGACAUGGAGACGACGUGUCCCAUGGAGAUUCCCAAUGUAAAUGUGACAAAAAAGAAAGCGAAGGAGAAAAAGAGAGAGAGUCAUCCUAUAGAGGGUACUCCUCAGCAGAUGGGCAAUGAAACGAAAACGAAAAGGAAAAAAAAAGUUAAUUCUAAUGAGGAGGAGAUAGUUGAUGAAAAUGCAAGCGUUAACAUAGAAGAGAUAGCUGAAGAAACAGAAGUAAAGAAGAAGAAGAAGAAAAAACUGGGCUCGGAUCACGCAGUACCUCUUACCACCUUCAAUACACCAAGUCCUCCAUCGCAAAAAAAGAAAAAGAAAAGUAAAGUGGAUUCAGAUGAAUUCCCAGCAACACCAGCACGUCACAAGCACAAGGAGGUAUCAUAAUAACAUCCAUCCAUCCACAGUGAUGUCAUUAGGCUGUUAAAAUAUCAUUGGAUUGACACUUUUUUCAGAAUUUUAAUUUUCAGCAAAAAAAAACAAAAAUCCUGACAAGCAGUGGGAUAAGAUUUUUUUUUUUUUUUUUGCCUUUUUAAAAUUUUUUAAUUUUUGUUUUUUAAGAAAUGGAUAUUACAUUUUUGGAUCAUUAUACCCCUCUUCCUUUUUACUUUAAUAUAAUCACCAACUAAAGUUUUCCAUUUUUGUUUGUGAUGGAUUCCUAAUAGAGAGGCUAUGUUGCUCCCCAAAUUCAACACCAAGUUUUUAAAAAUCCCAGUGCGAAAUGGAACACAUGUCAAUAUUGCAUGCUUUUGUGUAAUUUUGUUCCACAGUAUGUUGUACAAUACAAUUUUAUAUGACAUUAAAUUGAAUAGUGCUUUUUUAAACCGGUUGGUCUGAAAGUUGUGCGACGUGAGUCUGGCUGUGUUCGGAAUCACUCGUGUCAGAGAUGUUUCAGGACUGUUGUCACUAACAGAUGUUAAAAAACCCACUGAAGUCCCCAGGCAAGAAGGACCAUGCUCCCCUUGUCCGCAAUGUGAAAAUCAACCUCAGUAUAGAGCUCGUGCACCUACGUCAUAAAAUCACGAGACUUUUGUUUACGUCGCCAUAUUGCCGGCCUAACAAAGCAUUGUUCAAUACUAAGUUGGUUUGAGAUGACAGGAAAAUAUGUUUUGUAGCAUGACGCCCAGAGUCUUGUCAGAUACCGGUAGACAUUUAGAAAGUGAAAAUAAACGAAAGUGUGUGGAACAAUUCGAUAAACUCGGCAUAGAGGACCCGUAUUAAAUGCCGAAGUCGAUGUUUUCUCUGUUAAGAAAUUCGACUGUUAAUUCGCUUCCGCUUGUCUUGGACAACUGGAUAAACACAUGUAUCUGGUGAGUAAGUCGUCGAGAUUUACACGGAAAAGUUUUAAAACUUAUAAAAGUCUGGACACAUACAAAUACUUUGUUGCUGGAUCUGUUCUCAUCAGGAAUAAAUCCCACAUAGUGACGGGUUGACGGCUCGUGAAUGCGGAAGCGUGUUCGGCCACAUGUUAACAUUUGCCGGAAUCCAGCGAUCUUUUCAGCUACUAUUCAAUACAAAUGCCAAUAGUUUAAAAAAUGACCCAUCGUUUUACACAAACUCGCAUUAACUGUGAUUGGAAAAAAAAAAAGACGACGGAGUUGUCACCUCAGAAGCGAUUGCAGCCACACUUAACCUCCGUAAACCUCUGCGAAAGACAUUUUUUUUUAAGGCAUUGUUCUCAAAUGAGCCAACUUGGCAUUAUAAAUACUUCUUGGGAAUUUGAGAUUGA